AUGAGCCUCGCCCCACUCCCCUCCCCAGUUAGCCCUUCAGGUGUAAAUCCUCCUAUUUGGGGACCUCUAAGGAACCUAAGAAACCACCAUUCCUUCACAGAGAAAAUGAAGAGGAAGAUAUUUCCCCAACACAACGGCACUGAAGCAACUGAGUUUGUUCUGCUGGGACUGACCAGUCAACCAGAGCUGCAGCCCAUCCUUUUUGUGGUGUUUCUCCUGAUUUACCUCAUCACCCUGACCAGAAACUUGGGGAUGAUUUUAUUAAUCAGAUUCACUCCCCAGCUGCAAACCCCCAUGUACUUUUUCCUCACCCACUUAGCAUGUGUAGAUAUUUUUUAUUCUACUAAUGUCUCUCCUCAGAUGCUUUUUAAUUUCUUAUCUGAGAAGAAAAACAUUUCCUACACAGGGUGUCUGGCCCAAUGUUUUGUUUUUGUGACUCUGUUCCUUACUGAGUAUUACAUGCUUGGUGCCAUGGCCUAUGACAGGUACAUGGCAAUCUGCAAACCUUUGCAUUACAACAGCAGAAUGUCCAGGCCACGUUGCAUCUGCCUGGUCACUUUCCCCUACUUCUGGGGAUCUACAGUGGGCACCAUGCAGGUAAUAUUGCCCUCUCACUUGUCCUUUUGUGGACCCAACACCAUCAACCAUUUCUACUGUGCUGACCCACCCCUCCUAAUGUUGACAUGUUUUGACACUUACAUAAAGCAAACUAUGGAUAAAUAAAACCACUCGAUGGUGACUGAGUUUAUCUUUACGAGCAUCACUCAAGACCCUCAGCUCCAGAUCAUCUUUUUCGUGAUCUUCCUCUUAGUCUACCCGGUCAAUGAAGUGGGAAAUGUGGGUAUGAUUAUCCUGAUGAUAACAGCCACUCAGCUGCAUACACCCAUGUAUUUUUUCCUCUCCUUUGUUGACCUGGGUUACUUCUCAGCUAUUGCCCCCAGGAUGCUGGCUGACUUCCUAACAAAAUGCAAAGUUAUCUCCUUCUCCAGCUGUGCCACCCAGUUUGCUUUUGUUGUAGGUUUGGUGGAUGCUGAGUGCUACAUCCUGGUUGCCAUGGCCUAUGACCGCUUUGUGGCCAUCUGUCGACCCCUCCACUACAGCACUCUCAUGUCCAAGUGAGUCUGCUUGGCUCUCAUGCUGGGUUUCUACCUGGCUGGUCUGGUGAGUUUAGUAGCCCACACUUCCCUCACCUUCAGUUUGAGUUACUAUGGUUCCAAUAUCAUCAACCACUUCUGCAAAAUCCCACCACUCUCAGCCCUCUCUUGCUCAGACACCCACAUCAGUGAGAUUUUGCUCUUCUGUCUGUAUGGCUUCACUGAAUUCAGUACCAUCCUCAUCAUUUUUAUCUCUUAUGCCUUCAUCCUCAUUGCAAAUAUCAAGAUGUGCUCAGCUGAAGGCCACCUAAAGGCUUUCUCCGCCUGUGGGUCUCACCUCACUGGCUUCACACUUUUUAAUGGCACAGUCAUGUUUAUGUACCUGAGGCCAACAUCCAGCUACUCCCUGCAUCAUGACAAGUGGGCCUCCAUGUUCUACACUAUUAUCAUCCCGAUGUUGAAUCCUUUGAUCUACAGUUUACGGAACAAGGAUGUGAAAGCUGCUUUCAGAAAAUUAAUUGGA